AUGUACAUGCUGCCCUUGCAUAAGGUAAGGUCCCAAAUUCAGUCCCUGCUAGAAAAUGGUUGUGGGAAGCAGGACUGGCAAAGAUAUCUAUGAAGACCUAGGAGAGCACUUGCCAAUUGGAAUAGACACUAGUAUACCUGAAGGAGCGCCCCCACCCCUUGUUCAGGCGGGACACUGAGGUCCAGCCCCCAGGGCCUUCUGGCAGUUCCCUCACUACGAGAAGCAAAGGUGCAGGGAACCAGAAGGGGCCUUCACAGUAGUGGCGCCUGCCCUGUGAAACACCCUCCCAUCAGAUGUCAAGGAAAUAAAACUCUCUGACUUUUAGAAGACAUCUGAAGGCAGCCCUGUUUAGGAAAGUUUUUAAUGUUUGAUGUUUUAUCGCAUUAUUACUAUUAUUAUUAUUAUUCUGUUAGGAGCUGCCCAGAGUGGCUGGGGAAACCCAGCCAGAUGGGCGCGGUAAAAUGAUGAUGAUGAUGAUGAUGAUGAUGGAAUGGAUGGACUCAGUGUAAGGCAGGUUCACAUGUCCACAUGGCCAAAUUAUGUUGAGAUCUGCCCUGAGUUCUGUAGAUGAAGGGCAAUAUACAAAUUAAAUAAGUAAGUAAGUGCCCUGGAACAGAGUGGUAAUGGUCAUGCCAGUGCCAGUGUACCUGAUACUGGCACUGCUGCGGCUUACCUGGAUUGUGUUGUUUUCUCUAGAAUAAAAUUGGUUAAAUUGUUAAAUGUAAGUUAUGGGUUUGAAUGCACACCCUGAAGGAAGGUAUUCAUGGUGAGACUAUGAUAAUACACUUAAAAAAGCAGUUUGAAAAGAAAAAAAAUAAGAAAGAAAGAAAGGAAGGAAGGAAGGAAGGAAGGAAGGAAGGAAGGAAGGAAGGAAGGAAGGAAGGAAGAUUACAAGGCAAUCUAAACCCCUUUCUCACUCCAGCUGUAUUCAAUCAUGGUUUACUGGUGAGUGUACCUGAAUGAUAUACAUUUUGCCAACUCAUUCCUGUUCUUUUCACACAUAACAUUAUUUGCUCAUGAAUCAAAGGGUGGAGGACAAGAACCUAGAGGUCAAGCCAGGACUUUUCCAGAUGAGGAAUGACCUUCACAAUCAGGGAACCUGGACAGGAAUGUGCCAUCCUCACCUCCGACUUCUCCUAUAUUCCUAAAGCAUGUCAUCCAGCGAUCAUAACCCUACCAAAUCCUUUGCUUGUUAUGCUCAGCACUGCUUGUAAACAUAGCAGGAUGGUAAAAAUUUAGCUCACAAAAUACUGUAAAAGCCAGACUGAGAACAGCAUUGCACAAGCCGCCACAGUCCAAGAAUUCAAAACAUAAUAAACAAAGGGGAAAUAUGCACAUAUGGGGUGUCAACUCACAAGCCCUUAUCAUGUGCUUUGGCUGCCUGAGCUAGCUCUUUCAAAAGUUAUCAUCGCAGCAAAUCAGGGCACUAAAUGCUUCUUCAUGUGAUCAAGCACACAAACCAGAUACUGUCAAUACAGAGGAGGAGGGAAGUGAGUAACAUAGGAGAUUUUGUGACGCUGGUGAGCUGCCGCACUGGCAGGAGCUCUCAUUAUUUCAGUAUUGCAACAGUAUUUUCUGCUGAUCUAUAUUCAGAUGCCAUUGAAAAAAAGUUUUUUAAAAAGAGGAGGAAAAAGUGGAGGAGGGAAUCUAAUAUAGGACUUCAACUGCAGAAACUUUGGCUCAUAUAUCUGCUCAGCCAUGAAAUAAAUCUGAUAAUUUGAAAUGCUUUGUCACUUGAAAUAAGCCAUGAAACACACUGUCACUUCAGAAGAAAGCUAAGCUCUGGCUUAAAUUAUUUUAAAGGGUUACUAUGCAGAUGCACUGCUGGAACCUCUUUGAAGUCACGGUAGGAUGAAAAUCCGAUAAAAUCAUCAUUCUUUCUAAUAGCAAAACUGGUGGCCCCAUGGCAAUCUGUUUGGAAGUCAAAACAAAGCAGAGGUUUCUUCAUAUCCAACGGAUCCUGAUGUAUACAGAGUUUGAUGUAUUUCUGCAUUAAGUCCCCACAAAGCAAGACUCCUCAUGCAUGUGUGUCACAGCCUCCCUUUUCUUCAAGGCUGUUCACAUUCCCCGAGUUCUGAGUUAUCACACAAAGGAGGGUGAAUAUCAUCCUGCACCCCACUCAAGGGCUGGGCCAGUCCAGAACACCUCAUGACAAGCAAGAAGUCAUUUCCCUCCCAAUUCUCCUGCACACAGCCUCUCAGCUGAUGUUCAUCCAGGGUCUGAGAAGCUGGGAAGCAGGAGUCACAAAGAAACAAGCCUGGCCUGGCCUAGGACUUCUUUCUACCUGAGGUGAAGGGCAAGGCAGCAUUUCUCCCUUCCCACAUUUCAUGCAGAGAAGCCAACUGAACUGAGAGUUGAAUCUUACUACAAUACAGGGAGUAAGAUAAUAUCUUCCAUCAAAUCUGAGGGCAGCAGGUUUGUUAUGGACAAGUUACAUGACUUGGAGCAGCGGGCAGUAUCCAGAGCUGGAGGACAAGGCAAUUCCAGCCACCUAGUUCUUCUGCAAGACAGCUGGCUUGGUGAUGACAAUGUUUGUGGUGGCUCUAAAUAGAAGGCAGGGGUAGAGUAUGUUUGGAUGUGUGGAACUACAAACCCCCAUCAUCUAUCAGGAACCGGAUCCUAGACUGCAUCCUGAUAUGGCAAAUGGGGAUGCAGGCUGGGACUUGGGCUGUGCCAUGGGGUGGAGCCGAUGAAACAGGUAGGAUUCCCUCGGAUCCAUCCCUUGUCCAUUUAAGCAGCCUGAACCUGGGGCCCUGACUGUUCGUUCCCUUGCCAUUUUUCCCUGCCCGCCCACCCUCGGUUUAAGCUGAUAGUCAGUGACUUUGCUGUGGCUACAGUGGUCACCGUUCUUUAUUGGGGCUGGGUAGGAAUUUGCCCACUGGGCUGAUUGGCACCAACCUGGUGGUUUUGCCUACCUCAUAGCAGUCAUCACAACAGGUUGGCCAUUGGGGCAAUCCUUUGUUUUGGAUGGAGGGGAGGUUGUAGUCUCUGCCUGUCCCUCCAAACGCUGGGGUAUCCCGUUAAAGGGAUCCGGGGGGAGUGGCCAUGUCUGCGUGCCCAGGUGGGGCCAGGGCCGAAGGCAGUCUCCCAGACAGCGGUCCCUGCAGGGGUCACCCUAUUGGAUGUAAGUCUUAGGAACCCCUGCCUGGAUUGACCACGCAUCACUUCCAGCUGGUGGGUGGGCAGGCUGGAAGUAGUUAGAUUACCCCAUGCCCAAGCCAACCCUCUUUCAUCUGUAUUCAAUAAAGUUGUGGCCUGUUUUGACCCAAAACCAGUCUUGUUGGUCUCUUAUUUAUAUGGGUUGGGGUGUGGUGAGCCUGAUUCUUGGUCCUGCAAGUGUGCUGCUAAAUGACCACUACAUCUGUACUCUACAAACUUUUCACAACUCAAGCAGAUCCUGCAGAAUAAAAAGGAUUUUGGGGGGAAUCAAGAACUGCCUAUAACUACAGAUAAGCAGUGCUUCCCAACAAGGGCUUAAUGAUAAUAUAAAAAAUAGAUUUUCCAUGGAUAGGGUAAAUCCGGAUUAAAUGGGGAAACUUGGGGAGUGGCACUUAGAUGCCAACCAAAAGCUUGCAUGCAUGAGGAGCAAUAGUCAACAUGCAUCUGGAAGCUCCCAGACUUCGGCGCACCUUUUCCAGUCUGUGAACUAAGUUCUACAUGAUGGCGGUAAUAUAAGUCACAGUUUUCAGAACUUGCAAGACAAUUAUGCUUGGGCAGGGUUCUUUUUACUUAGCAACUGGUAAGAGCUGGAAAACCUGUCUUGGCUUGUGGCAGCAAGCUUGCUUGCUUUAAAUAGAAUUAUAAGAUUUAGAUAAGGAAAUCCUUGGGCCUUCACAUUGGAAAUGGAAGUUGACAGAAUAAACAGUAGCUAUAAUUGGUACAUAAUUGGCUGUUAUUUAUGGAAACAACAAUCAUUUGAUGUGAGGAAUAAUCUUAUGUGUUUGGAAUUCUUUUGCAGUAAGAGAAAGCAUUUAAAAAGACAAUUUGAUUAAACUGUGUGUGUGUGUGUCUAAACUUUGUGUGUGAUUGUGUCCAUCUACUAGGGAUUCAUUUUUGCUUAGCUUUAGGACUGUACCUGUAUAAGUGCAAAGCUGAGGUAUGGUUAACUGUAGAUGGGGAUCAGUGGGUUCUAAGCAGUGUAAUCACAGAAGAUGGCAUCUGCUCACUGGUAGGAAUGAUCAUGGCUGAAUGGUUUAUCUGGUUACACUGCUUCUGCCUUUUCCCCUUUGCUCCAGCUUCCUCCUCCUCUAGCAAUAAAAGCUGGAACAAAAAUUAUUACUAGCGCCCAUGCACGCAAACUCUACAUUGGCUGAACAAUGAGUAUACAAGUUGGGUCCAGCAACCAAAUGUUACAAUGGGUCUCCAGUCCCUAGCAGCAAUGUUCCUGUUCAGCACUUCAAACAAUCCAUGUAAAAUCCAUUUUUUAAUAUUAUCAUUGAGUCUUUGUUGAGAAGCUCUGCUUAUCUGCCUAAGGCAAAGGAGCAUGAUAAUGGAAACUCAUGUGAAAAACAUAAACCUGUUGAAGAAUGAAUACAUUCAGCAAUCACUUUGUCCAAGUGAUGUUGUUGUAAGAGUUAAGAUAGAAAAUGGCGUAUAGGCAGUUCUUGAUUCCCCACAAAUCCUUUUUAUUCUGCAGGAUCUGCUUGAGUUGUGAAAAGUUCGUAGAGUACAGAUGUAGUGGUCGUUUAGCAGCACACUUGCACGACCAGGCGUCAGGCUCACCAUAUCCCAACCCAUACAAAUAAGACACCAACAAUCAGAGGUGCGGGCUGCUUAAAUGGACAAGGGGUGGAUCCGAGGGAAGCCUACCUGCUCCACCCUAUGGCACAGCCCAAGUCCCAGCCUGCAUCCCCAUUUGCCAUAUCAGGAUGCAGGGUAGGAUCCGGUUCCUGAUAGGCGAUGGGGGCUUCUGCCCCCACCGCCUACCAGGAAAGGCAUGGCAGUUCCACACAUGCAAACAUAUUCCACCCCUGCCUUCUAUUUAGAGCCACCACAAACAUCGUCAUCACCAAGCCAGCUGUCUUGCAGAAGAACUAGUGGCUGGAAUUGCCUUGUCCUCCAGCUCUGGAUAUUGCCCGCUGCUCUUAGAACUUUAAGAACUGGUGCCUGAGCUUGUUGUCCUCUCAUCCCUCAAAUCCCCUUUCCCCUCAUGUGUUAUAUCUUUUUCAGACUGUCGGUCUGAGGCAGUGGCAGAGCAUAGAUUGCUGGUGCUUGGGGUGGGCACACCAGCACCAGGGAGACAGGGCACAGAGGGUGGAUGGAGCCCACCGUGCCAGCCCAGCCCUUAUUGCCAAUAGCACCAGGGGGACGAGCCCCGAGGCACACAAAAUGCAGCGCAUGACAUUGUCUCCAGUUGUCAUGAAAUUGCCAGGACCUUUGAAAAAACCCUUAAGCCAUCAUGGCUUCUCAGUUCCAUGAAGAAUCCCAAAUUUUUAAAUACAACCCUUUCCUUCCUCCUGAGUCCCCUCAACCAAACUCAAAGCUCUCUCAGCCUUGGGCAUGAUUCAAUGAAAAGAAAUGGAUAUAAGGAUGAAGACAAGAGCAAAAUAAGAGAUUAAAGGGAAAAAAGGGGGUGGAACCAAGGCUGCAAACAAAGCAUAUAUUUAACCCCCCCCCAAAGAAUCCUGGGAACUGUAGUUUGUUAAGCAUGCUGGGACCUGUGGCUCUGUCAGAGGCGAACUAUAAUUCCCAGUGUUCUUUUGGGGUGCGUGUUUCAAAUGCACAGUGUGUGUGCGCAACCCAAGAGAUAAGGCACAGAGAAAGAAAAGUAGGUAUCAUGGGGUGCACAGGGGCCAGUGGGGUGAAGCAAGAGUCCGGGGGAUAGCUAUAAAAAGACAACAAAAUAAUCUGGACUCCUUGGAAGGUUUUGAAUAAACAUCCACAAAUUUAUUAGUUGAAUACAUGAUAGAUAAGGGAAGGAUAUGUACAAAUUUGUAACAUGCAGAGAACAAUUUGUGCAAAGAAAUCAAAGAGGGGAGCUGAGGGAAGUCCUUUUUUUUUAAAAAAAAAAGAUAUUUAUUAAAGUUUCAAAGAAAAAAUUACAUAGCUAAAAAGAAAAGAAAAAGAAAAAGAAAUAAAAAAGGAAAAAAUACAAAAUACAAAAUACAGAAAAAAGAUAGAAAACACUUAAAAAAACAACAACACAUCGAUCUUUCCAUAACUUACAUUUCAUUUCCUUACUUCCCUGACUUCCUCACACCUCCCUUUUUUGUAUUCCAGUUCUAUUAGUUAAUUCAGCAAUUCCUUUCACUCUUUGUUUUUAUCUUAAUCCUUUAACUUAACAUAUUAUAACUUUAGAUUCUCAUCUGUUAACAAUCCAUUUGUACAUACACCUUUAUAACAUUGCUGCUAAAACCACUUAAUUUCAUUCUGACAUCAUUCUAACAUUCAUUAAUUUUGCAAUAUUUCUGUAAAUAGUCUUUAAAUUUCUUCCAAUCUUCUUCCACCGACUCUUCUCCCUGGUCUCGGAUUGUGCCAGUCAUUUCCGCCAGUUCCAUAUAGUCCAUCACCUUCAUCUGCCAUUCUUCCAGAGUGGGUAAAUCUUGUGUCUUCCAAUACUUUGCAAUAAGUAUUCUUGCUGCUGUUGUGGCAUACAUAAAGAAAAUUCUGUCCUUCUUUGGCACCAGUUGGCCGACCACGCCCAGGAGAAAAGCCUCUGGUUUCUUCAAGAAGGUCUAUUUAUAUACCUUUUCAUUUCAUUAUAGAUCAUCUCCCAGAAAGCCUUAAUCCUUGGGCAGGUCCACCAAAGGUGAAAGAAUGUACCUUCAGUCUCUUUACAUUUCCAACAUUUAUUAUCGGGCAAGUGAUAGAUUUUUGCAAGCUUGACUGGUGUCAUGUACCACCUGUAUAUCAUUUUCAUAAUAUUCUCUCUUAAGGCAUUACAUGCCGUAAACUUCAUACCUGUGGUCCAUAACUGUUCCCAGUCAGCGAACAUAAUAUUAUGUCCAACAUCUUGUGCCCAUUUAAUCAUAGCAGAUUUCACCGUUUCAUCCUGAGUAUUCCAUUUCAACAGCAAGUUAUAUAUCUUUGACAAAAUCUUAGUUUUGGGUUCUAACAGUUCUGUUUCUAAUUUUGAUUUUUCCACCUGGAAGCCUAUUUUCUUAUCCAAAUUGUAUGCCUCCAUUAUCUGAUAAUAAUGAAGCCAAUCUCGCACUUUGUUUUUUGGUUCUCAAUGCUCUGCAAUUUCAGUCUAUCUCCCUCUUGUUCCAGAAUUUCCCAAUAUUUCGGCCAUUUGGCCUCCAUAUUGAGCUUUUUCAGAGCUUUCGCUUCCAUCGGUGACAGCCACCUGGGAGCUGAGGGAAGUCCUGGGGGGGUGGAGGGAUGGGGAAAAAUAAUAUAAUUGAUUAUUCAGACUGAUAUUUUGUUAUGUUGAAAUUGUUUAAUAAAAAUAUUUUUUUUAAAAAGAGUGCAGGGGAUAGCAUGACAGAGAAUGAGAUGCAACAGAAGAGUGUGCAACAGUAUGCAGAGAAACAAGAGGUGGAGAUGCAGAGACAAACAACAAAAAACGACAAGAAGUACUCUGAAUGUGGGUACUGAAAACCUACAUAAAAGAGUGGGAGCCAGUGUGUAUUAUUAAGAGGACCAAAAAUAUAGAGCUUCACCAAAAUCCUUCUCCAGUUAAUUUACUGAUACAGCUCUCCUGAGUUUGUAAAAAACAGUGGCCCUCUGGAGUGAUUUGAGUUGUGCACUCUUAUUUUAUACACCCCUCCCCCCCAGUUUCCCCCAGACCUCUCCCUCCCUCAUAAGUCCUCCAGUGGUAUCAGUUAAACAGCAUGACCCGUCUGAGCUGGUAACCAGCAUUUGGUUAAGGCGUGCUUGGCUCCCAGAACAGCCCUGUGCCUUGCUGAUGUUUACAGGUGAAAUAGGAACUGUGUUGUUGGCAGGGCUGCUUACCUAAUUGACUGAAGGCAACUAAAGAUCAAAUGAAACAGAAACAUGGCAAUAUUUGGUGUGUUGAUGCCUUUGUUCCUGAUAUGCUUUAAUAUCGGGCAGUCUUGCCGGAAUUCUGAUGACUUUGUGGGUGCCAGCUCUCCGGGAGAUGUUGUCAUAGGAGGCUUGUUUGCAAUUCAUGGCAAGAUGUUGCAUUCAGAAGAAAACCCCCUCAAGCCAGUGAUUGCCAAUUGUGCCGGGUGAGUAAGAAUAUCAACUGUGUCAGGAGAAUGAAAAGAGCAGCAUGACAUGGACAUGAAUGGAGUAAAUGAGAAAAGCGGGGGGGGGGGGACAUUUACAUUUUUGGAAUCUUUAAAUCACUGUUUCUUAAAAGCGUAUCAGCAACGAAAAGUGUGUGUCUGAUAUGCCUGGGUAAAAUCUAACAUGAAUGACUGUGAGAGGCUGCAAUUACUUUCUAUCUCUUAUGUUGUGUAAUGUUAUAUGUACUUAUCAGGAAGGUGAUCCCAUUAAAUGUAAUGGGACUUUUGAACAGGCAUGCAUAGGAUUCCACUGUUAGUGUCUUAUUGACUUGCACCUCUUUUAUGGUAUAUAACCAACCCCUGCAUUUUUAUUACCUCCAUACACCACAUAUUAAUAUGGCAUAAAACAUAGUACAUAACUGGAACCCAGUCUGUAUAUUGGAUUUCUUCUGUGUUAUACCACAGUAUCCAACUUUUACACUUUGGCCAUGCUAAAGCCUGACAAUGUACACCUAUAAAUGUCUUCUCAUGAGAAAGCCCUACUAAGUUCAAUGGGACUUACUCCCAGAAAAGCGUGGACUUACCUUUGAGUAAAUCCCAUUGAACUCAGUGGGACUUACUUAUGAGUGGAAAUGUAUAAGCUUGAACUGAAGUGACAUAAAAUAAUAGAGAGCAUUUUUGACACAGAAUGUGAGUGUUUUCAGAAAGUACAGCUGAACCUCUUUUUCUAUCAUUCCAUGUCAGUCCUUUGUAGACUUUACAUUGCAUUGAUGUGUCAACAUUUUGACAGUGCCAGCCAAAAGGCAAUUAACCUGUUGUCCAUAGACUGUUUACAUUGAUGUUACCCAAAUGAAACUGAUGUGACUACUCAGUAAGAGAGUGUUUUCAGGAUUGCAGCAUAACUGCUUUUAGGUUGGCUAUAUAAGUAAUCCAGAAAUGUAUUCAACACAUAAUCACAGUUUACAUUUAAUGUAAGUUGUUCUCUUUUAGUUUUAACAAACAAAUCAAUUAUAUCUCAAUAUAAGUGUGUAUCACCAAAACCACCACAUAGAUACAAUAUUGAAUUACUGACUGAUGCUUGGGAUAACAGCUUAGCAUAACAAAAAACUCCAACUCCUAUUGUGAAAAGGAAAGGCAGUUUUUCAUAACUGCUGUAUAUAUUGAAACAUCAGAACAAGAAAGACUCAAAAGUAAAUAGGUAUAACCUUCAUACUCAACCCUACUAAUUAAAAUGUUUCCCAGUAUGUAAUUAAAAUCACCUCUCCCCAGUUAAAUUGUCAAAAGCUCUAAAUGGACCAGUUGAACUAAAGCUUGCAGUCUAACAUAGUCCCAGUCAUGUACUGUAUGUAGGGGGAAGGGUCAUGUAUGCCACGUGGGGUGCCAACUUGAAUUAUUGAGGGGGGCAGGUAAGCCCUGCCCUACAUAAUCACAAGAUGCAGCACACAAACAUUUACGGUAAAUAGUAACACCAAUCAACUUUGGGUGCCCCCAGCCCCCUCAAAUAUUUUUUGGGGGGGCCAAAGAGACCUUAGCUCCUAGGAGUUGGCUCCUAUGUAUGUUCCCCAGUACCCCUUGAAGGUAGGGCAGAAGAACGCUAGAGCCUGUUAAUUGCGUAAGAAACAGGUAAAGCUUUCAGAAUUACUGUAGGGCAGUUACAGAAGACUCCUGAGGAUGCAGCUCAGUGGUAAAGCACAGUAGUUCAGUCCCUGACCUCUACACCUCAAGUAGAGAGAGUGCUGCUGUUGACGUUAAGAGAGAUGAAUGGUCUGACUCAGUCUGAGGCAGGUGCCUUUGUACCUUCUGUUUCUUGUCCCUUCCCUUAUUUAAAAUGUAGGGCUCUGUGGGGCCAGACAGUUAGCAAGACAAAUCAAAAUUGCCCCCUCUCAACAACAUGCAGUUUGAAGAGCCCUUCCCUGGAUUCCAUACAGCACAGCUUCAUAUGCGGUAUUGUGAGAUUUGGGGUUUGGGUAGGAGAGUGUUGUGUAAUUGGCCCAGAAUGACUGCAAAUGCUACUUGAUAGCUGAUGACAAAGUUUCAAGGCGUAUCUUCUAUUAGGGAAAUUGGUGGUAAAUUGCCCAAGAGGGUUAAGAGAUGAUUGGAGAAGAUGAACUCAUUCUCAUUCUCUUUCAGCCAGAGGGAAGGGACAUGUGAGAUAUGAGUGGGAAAACAACAGAAGCAUAUUGGACAACAGACAACAGACUCUGAGUGGGGCACACAGAGAGAACCAGGGAGACAGCAAUGUCUGAAAAGUGUGUUUUUGGAGGGAGGUGCCCCUCUCUGGAAAUCUGAUGUGGGGCAGUGGAUUUGGCUGCCUAUUGGGAUGUUAAGCCGUCCCUCUACCUAUGUUUGACCUGUGAAUUUGAAAAUAAACUCAAAGAAAAACCAAACCUGCAUUAGCACUGCAACCCAGGAACACUGUAUCACUUGGAAAAAUCAAAACUGGCACUGGCAGUGGGACUUCAUUUCUUUGGAGAGAAAUUCUGGGUUGGUGUGGUUCAGCCAUAAUGAAGCAUGUAGCAGCGGUUCAAGUUGUUUCAGCAGCAGCAGCAGCAGCAGCAGCAGCAGCAGCAGCAGUACUAGUAGUAACAACAACUUCACAUUGACUUUAAGGUAAGCAUGAGCAGACAGACUGGAGGUCUCCCAAGUACAACCUCUAGUCUAAGCAUCAUAUAGAAACUCAACAUGAGAAGUUUAGUGUUGGCUGUUGCCAGGGUAGUCAGGACAUAUUCAGAAGCCCAGCAACGGAGUAGGCAGUUAGGCAUGGAUAAGAGGAGGGUGCAGGAAGCAUAUGAGCUGGUGAUGGGCUUAACUGGGAAGAUUUGCAGUCUGUAGCAAAGAACCAAGAGGCUUUGUCUGUCUAGGAUCCUGGAAAUGGUGGCAAGAGGGGGCAAGGAAAUGGAAGAGAAGUCCCACAAAUGCAGGGAGGGGAAAGAAUGUGCAGAUGUUGAUGCAAGGUUGUGGGGGUACAGUGCAUGAUGGAAGUGAGAAUGAAUGGUCAUUUGCAGAUUACUGUUGACAGAUUCUUUUUUCAUCCCAUUUGUGCCCAUGGAAGAGAAAGAGCAGGAGGGAAAGCUUGGAAAUGUUUCUGCUGGAAGAGCAGCCAUUGUGCAGAGACCUGGGCAAGGAAAUAUAUUUUAUUGACUUCUUUACCCCAUAGGUGUCUCACAAAUGUGUUACUGGAUGGGAUAAGGCCCCUCCAAUUGGUGCACCCUAGAGGCAUGCUCCAGCAGUGAGAUUAAGACAGGAUCUUACAAAUUACAGCAACAGAAGAGACUGGGAUCACUUCAAGAUGACAGCUGUAUUGAGCAUUCAUCCCAAUUUAUUUCUAAGGAGAUUAGACAAUGUCAACUAUUUAUUAAAAAAGCAUUCCAUUUUGUUUGUGGAGAGUUCAUACGUAGGGAUGGGCAAAUCUGUCAGUUUUGGUUUCUCACACUUUCUCAUGUUUCCAGUCUUGAGUGCAGUUCUCCACAUUUCCGUGUCAGUUUGCAUUGAAAAAAGUCAACAUGAAAUUUAAUAAGCAUUCCUCCUGAUACACACUUUUUGUGUGCAGUUUUGCCUAAUAUAUGUAUUUUUGUAAAACAUAUUUUCACAAAUAUUGUUAUUUUCACAAAUAUUGAUAUUUUACCCAAUAUAAUGCAUUUUGUAUGUUACUUUCACAAUCGUAUUCAUUUUUAUGCUUAUUUUACUGUAGUGCAUGCAUUACACAUUACUUGGCAGGGAGAUGCAUUGAAAAAUUCAGAGAAGUGCAAAUUUUGCAGGAUGCCCUGUUUUUCAGUUCUCAUUGUUUUGUGUGAAUUAGGUAGAUUCACCUUUAAAGGCAAACUGCAGAAUUGAAAAUGGUUUUUAAAUUUAUAUGUAUUUUUAUGUAUCUCAACAUUUAUGUGUUUAAUGUCUAUGAACCUGCUCAUUUAUCUUGUACAGAAAAAGCUGCUACUGUUUUAAGAAAAGUAUGAGCUAGACCAAUUUCUUGAUACUGUGUGUGUGUGUGUGUGUGUGUGUGUGUGUGUUUGUGUUGUGAGAUGGAGGAGGUGAGAGAAAGUUAAUGAGGUCAGAAUGACUGCAGAUGCUCCUUGUCACCAGUGGCAAAGAUUCCAGACACAUCUUAUGUUAGGUCAAUGGCCCAAAAGGGUAGGAGACAGUUGGGGGUGUGACUCAUCCUUAUUAAGCUGUGAGUGAAAAAAAACAGAAGCAGUAUGGAGGAGAAAGACACACACAGAGAGAGAGCUGAGGUUUGGGGCAGUGUAAGCUAACAGCAUUGGGAGGGGCGCCAUCUUUUUCUAGAGAUCUGACAUGAAUUUCAAAGACUACAAAAUGUCAUAACCUUCCCUGGUGGAUACACUCUCAACAUAUGCACAGUGCACAUAUUAAUUUCAUAUCAUGUGAAGUGAAUUUGGGUGACAUAACGAUAACGGACUUUAUGUGUUUCUUGACAGCUUUGAAGUUCAAGUGUUUCUUCAGAGCCUUGCAAUGGUCCAUGCAAUAGAAACAAUCAACAACUCUACACUCUUACCUGGAAUUAAAUUGGGGUAUGAAAUCUAUGACACCUGUGCAGAGGUCACCAGGGCAAUGGCUGCAGCUCUGAGGUUCCUGUCCAAGUUCAAUGCCUCAAAAGACCUCGUGGAAUUCAGGUGCAACUAUUCAGACUAUACGCCCAGAGUCAAAGCUGUCAUAGGUGCCACCUAUUCAGAAGUAUCUAUGUCGGUUGCCAGAGUAUUGAAUUUGCAGCUUAUACCACAGGUAAGUCACUAUGCAAAAGAGCUUCUUGCUUUCAACAGGAGGAGUGUUUUAAUGAAAUUAUAGGACUCUGAAUAUAAUUAUAAGAUGGCUUGGAUGGUGGGUAUAUAGCAACAUGGAAGGGACAACAUUCUAGAGUACUAAAUAAACAAUAUGCUUAUUUCUUGGUUAUCAUAUUUUAACAUGGGGUAAAGAAAGAAGGCCACAACUUUAUUGCCAUGAAUUUGGUGUGAUAUGGAUCGUGAGACUUUGAUGGGAAUGACAUACCUUUGGUGCUCAGUGGAAUCACCCAACCUGUUGUUGACUGAGCAGAAGUUUCAAUGACCUAAGACAGCACACAGAGUGAGACACCCUGGCAGUGUAGCUUGCUUCUGUGUAAUUGUGCACUAAGCCUUAGUCUUUGAUUCAGAUGCACUGUGCUUUGCAAUCUCCCUUUUGGCCAGUUCUUUACCUGUCCCACACCAAACAUCAUAUGUAUGAUGUCAUAUUUGACAGGUAGAUAUGGCUUGGCCAAAAUGGCUGGGGCGGGGGCAGCUAAUUAGGCUUGCGGGCUAAAGAGACCCCACCACUGCUUUAGAAUACCAGGGGACUGUCAUCGUUCUGAACUGGAGGAGGAGCCAGCUCAAACUGAGGCUGGUGUGCCACCCACCAGCUGGGAGUCAAAGCAGGCUCUUGAUGCUGGUGUUCCCUUGCACAUGGUCAAGAUCCUAGGCUCCUCCCCUGUUGCACUGCUGAAUGUCAGAAGGUAUGUUUAUUGAGGUGAGCGACAAUUCAACGAUGUGAUCUCCACAAGCAAUCUGACAGAAAACAACAGGGCUGCGUGCCAACAACAUUUUUGCAUCUUCUCACAAAGACAAGUCAUUUGGCACCACAGGUUUUUGUUCAUCUUACUUGAUUGUUUUAUCUUGAUUCACCCUGGUGCCGCAGCUAUGUAGCUGCCAAGAAGGAUAGCAAAUGUGUGCGUAGGCAAACAAAACAAACAUCAAACCCACCCCCCACCAUGCACACACACAUGUAGGGAUUAGCAGUAAGUCAGGCUUGAAUGACUUAAUAUCCCAUUUGCAGUAAUCAACCUGCCAACUGAUCCCCCCCCCCCAUAUACGUGGUUGCGAGCUGUUUAUAUUUCAGUGAACCGCAAUUCUAAAAGAAACACAAAACCCUGGAUUGAAAGACUUAACAAAACCAUAUAAAGAUUUAUGAACAUAAACAUGUUUUAAGAGUCUCCAAUACAUCACAACUGGCAGCCACAUACUGGUUCUGUCAUGUGCUGAGCUGUUUAUAUGCAGCCCACUAUCAGAUCAGGAGACUUUACCCCACAACAAGAUAUCUGCCCUCCUAGCUGCCUCAAUGAAAGCUUUGAGAAAGUUGCACAGUCUGUAAGGUGAGCCGCUGAAUAGAGAUUUCUUGCCACCACAUACCACAUGUUGCAAUUAACAGCAGCCGCCGCAUGGCAGCUGCCUCGUGUGUUCCUGCUUGACUUGGGGGGGGGCAUGGGCUGAGUGCUCAGUAUAACUUCAAAGUGCAUUUGAAGCACAUUUCCCCCCUCAAAGAAUUUUGGGCGCUAGAUUUUAAGGGUUGGUGGGAAUUGCAACUCUGUGUGGGGUAAAGCACCAUGCACAGAAUUCUUCCAGUGGGGAAAUGUCCUUUGGAUGUGCUUUAAAGAUAUGGUGUGUGCACAGUUAAUCUUCAAACUGAACAGAAACUGUAGCGACAGUAUGAAUGGUAUGUAGAAACAAAACACUGCAUUAGCCCAGAUGUUUUCAUUCAAUAGAAUGAAUGCGUUGUUGUUUUUUUCAGAUGACCUAUCCUUGGGUAACCCUUUCCAUAUCUCUUUGAAUGUCAGCCACAGAAUCUCUAUGUGUUGCAGAGGACUCUGUGGUGUUGGUGUUUGGGGUGUGUGUGUGCGUCAUGCAGGGUACUGGCUGCCAGCCAUGAUACCAACCCUCACUCUGACCUGCAUGAAAUGAGUUAAAAAAAGCAAAUGUAGAGUUUCAAGAAGCAGGUUUUGAAAAUCCUUAAUCUAAGAAAACAUUUCUAUCUGAACGCGAACUCUACUGUUCACCUGGCGAGAUGAAGUAAUAUGUUCAUUUGCGUCUCCAGGCAAGUGCAAAGUCUUGCUACCAGCCUAAAAUACAGCUGAAGUUCAGUUAGAAGAAAUUUCUCUUGGAUUCAGCCCACCAUGCAGAUAAGGAGAGUGGUGCAUGCUCUGUUGGACAUCCUUACUCUGGGAUAUGCAUUUUAAAGAUAGCGGAGGAUGAAACAGCCUAUUUCCAUCCUGUCAGUUUUUCCUAUGUACAGAAAGAAUCUAUGCUACCCCAUAUAUAAAACCCUUCAAAUCUGCACAAUUCUACUAAAAAUAAAAACUGGGUACAAUCAUACCUCGGGUUACAGACGCUUCAGGUUGCAUGUUUUCAGGUUGCGCACUGCGCCGAACCCGGAAGUAUCGGAACAGGUUACUUCUGGGUUUCGGCACUCACGCAUGUGCAGAAGCGCUAAAUUGCACUCUGCGCAUGCGCAGAAGCACUGAAUCGCGACUCGCAUGUCCGCACACACGGCGCUGUGGGUUGCAAAUGCUGGGGGUUGCGAACGUGCCUCCCGCACUGAUCACGUUCGCAAACCGAGUGUCCACUGUACUUAUGAUGGGGUUAGAAGAUUGUCAUUGUUCUUACUUUCUUUCUUUUUAAAUAAUCAACUGCUUAGCACAGCUAGUAACUUUACCAUGUUUAUCCAGUUAAAAAAGUAUUUUUAAAUGCUCUCAGGAUGCAACCAUAUGUUAUAAUGUCCAUAAUGUAAUGUCAUUGUAUUGUUGUUAGGUUGUUGGACCCAUGUGUGUAUCAGCUCAUAGAUUAUGCACUCUAAUUCACAUUUCUGUGUCCAAUCCAUGCAUGGGUUGUUGUUUUGCAGGGAUGUGUGUGUGUGUCAGGUAAGUUUCAAAGGUAGAGCAAACCAGAAUCCUCCAACACCCUUGUUAGAGGAGCGCAUUGCUUGAAACCAAUGAGGUGGCUGUGUAAGGUUGGCUAGUGUGAAAGCAGGAAACUGGACUAGCUAGGCCUUUGGUUUGAUCCACCAGGGUUCUCUUUUCAGUCAUGAUAUUCCCAAUGUUGAAAUGGUGGUAAUGCUUUGGGGGUCCUGCCCAGAAAAUGUGUUGCAAUGGCCCAUAAGUGGAGAAGGCUAUUUCAAGCAGCUUUUGGUGGUGUCUGUGGCAGGUGGCCACCAUGCUGCAUUUCACUCAAACUUACAUAUAUCUGUUGGAGCGUAAGAGCACUUACCGUAUUUUUCGCCCCAUAGGACGCACUUUUCCCCCUCCAAAAAUGAAGGGGAAAUGUGUGUGCGUCCUAUGGGGUGAAUGCAGGCUUUCGCUGAAGCCUGGAGAGCGAAAGGCAUCGGUGCGCACCGAUCCCUCUCGCUCUCCAGGCUUCAGGAAGCUAUCCGCAAGCCUUGCAAGCCCGGCGGGAGUUCCCGCGGGCUCGUGAGGCCUGCGGGCGCGCAGGCCUGCAGGCCCGGCAGCGUGUCCGCAAGCCUGGCGCGCCUGGCGGGAGGUCCCGCCGGGCGCGCGAGGCUUGGGGCGGCAGCCUGCAGCCCGAAGCAUGCGGAGCCCUCCAGAGGGUGCCCCGUGCUUUGGGCAGGUGUGUGCAAGGCUUGGGGCGGCAGCCGCAGAGGGGGGGAAUAUAUUUUUUUUAUUCAUCUCCCCCCCCCCAAAAAAAACGAGGUGCGUCCUAUGAGCCGGUGCGCCCUAUAGGACGAAAAAUACGGUAGAUAAAAAAGGAAGCAGGAGUUGAGAGAGUGAAUUAUAGCCAUCUCGGCUUCCCCCUUUGCAACAGCUUAUUUGCUGCUUCUAAGAACUUGAACCCUGUGUCUAUAACGAAGCAUCCCUGUGUCUAUAACAUAGCUGUUUUGUCAUCUCCGCAGGUGAGUCACGCUUCAACUGCAGAAAUCCUUAGUGAUAAAGUCCGCUUCCCGACUUUUCUGCGCACCGUGCCUAGUGAUUCUUAUCAGACGAAAGCAAUGGCACGACUGAUCCACAGGUCAGGGUGGAACUGGAUUGGAAUCAUAGCCACCGAUGAUGACUUUGGACGCCUCGCUGUGGAGAGCUUCGGGUUACAGGCAAUGGCAAACAAUGUCUGCAUUGCAUUUAAAGAAAUGCUGCCAGCUUAUCUCUCGGACAGCACCAUUCAUGGCAAAAUUAAUCAAGCUCUUGAGAAGAUUGUCAAGGAAACCAGGGUAAACGUCAUUGUUGUCUUUCUCAGGCAAUUCCACGUAAUGAGAUUGUUCCGAAAAGCAAUUGAGAGGAACAUAAAUAAGACCUGGAUUGCAAGUGAUAACUGGUCAGCAGCUGUCAAGAUUAGCACCAUUCCAAAUAUCAGUCGCCUGGGGAAAGUGGUUGGAUUUACGUUCAAAAGUGGCAACAUGUCAUCUUUCCACGACUUCUUGAGCAAUCUACAUACAGCCCCCAAUGGAAACAACACGUUCUCAAUGGAAUACAACACUCUUAUGGCAGCAUGCUCGCAUAUAAAUGAUCAAGAUUUGAGCAAGUGCAUUGGUAAUUACUCUGUUGAGAGAGUUCUACAGAACCGCACUAAACCAAGUAACCAGUUUCGGAGAGAGGAAUUUCUCAUUGCAAACAUCGAACCAGGAUUUAUCCAUAGCACCAUGCUAGCUGUGUAUGCAAUUGCAAAUGCGAUUCGGAAUCAGUGCAGGGCCAGAAACUGCAAAGACCCUUAUGCUUUUGCCCCUUGGGAGGUAUGGUUUAAACAUAUUUUUAUUACACAUAUUUUUCCACGCUUUUCAUCUCUUCCUUUCCAACAUUUCCAAGCACAAACCAUUGGGCAUUACUUCAAGAGGGUAUUACUUGAACAAUUUGAUAUUUUCAUUCUCGUUACUCUGCCGGGGUUGCAGCAGCUUAAAGAUUUGAUACAUUUGACUUAAACUUUAACAUUUGUAUAAAUCACUGCCAAAAAGUCUCAACAAGAUUUUAAAAAUCUUAGCUGAAACCUAUCCGAGCUUAACCCCUGAAAAUGAACGCCAGUUCAUACAGGUGGGUCAUUAUGCUUCAUGAACAAACUUUUUGCUCAAGAAUAGAAAAAAAAUUAGUAAUCAACUUUUCAGAAAGUAUUGCAUCCCUUAUUUUAUAUUCCCUCCCAACAAUCCUGUUAUCUUCUUUACAAUUAUUUCUGCUUAAUCUUGGGGAGAACUGGAUGUUGAGAUAAAAUUGCAAUCCCAGGGCAACACACCUGCUGAAACCUUACUGAGGCCUGUGCUGGUUACUGAUGGCAGCUUUCCCCAUAACUUCUUUAAAAGUUUAAUUUUCAUACAAUCAUAUAUUUGUAUACCUGUGAGGGACCCUGAGGGUUCUAGUUCUACCCCAUUCCAUGCAGGAAUCUCAGUUUAAGCAUCCAAGAGAGAUGUUAAUCCAAGCUCUGCUUAAAACCCCCCAGAUGAAGGAGAGUCCACACCUUCCAAAGUAGUCCAUUCCAUUGCUGAACAGCUCAUAACACCAGAAAGGUCUUCCUAAUGUUUAGUUGGAAUGUCCUUUCUUGUAAUUUGAAUCCAUUGGUUCGGGUCCUACCCUCCAGAGCAGCAGGUUGUUCCAUCAUCCAUGUGACAGCCUUUUGGAUAUUUGAAGGUGGCUAUCAUAUCACCUCUGAAUUGUUUUGUACUGGCUGUUAAUGCUGCUGGGUUUAUUUUAUUGCCACUGUUUUUUCAACUCGUGUUGUAAACUACCCUGAUGUUUUCACAAUAGGCAGCAUAUAAAUAUUUGUAAUAAAGAAGACCACAUCUGUCCAGAACAAACCCAACCAGCUGGUUUUGUUCCUUCUGCAAAUCUCCUCACCUACAUUUUGACACUGUUUGAGAUACGUUGAUCCGGUGAGCGUAUUAAUAUGCAUGAAUCUCUGGGUUUUUGAGUCUUCAUGCUGAAGGGUCAUGUGGGGUCUGGGAUCAGACAUUGCUGCAGUGCUGAGACUAUAUUGUGGUAAUCAGAAUCUUUUGCUCUAGUGUUGACACACAACUAAUGUUGUUCUUCUUUACCUAAGUAUCCAGAGGACAUUCUUAAAAUCACAUCGCUACAACACAUAUAUUGAUAUCCAUUUUAUGAAAAUGUUACUGUUAUGGCUUUCCCAAAACAUUCUGGGUUUUGUGUUGUGUGGUGAGGGUGCUUUCAAGUCUCCCCACCCCACCCCGAGCUUCCCAGAUCCCUCCAUGUGAAGAAGAUCUGUCCAGUAUUUCCGUUAGUAUUAUACAGUAUUGCAGAUCUCCUCCCACAGCAUAUUCAGUCUGAGUUAGGGAUGGAGGAAUAAUAUGUUUUCCAUGGAUCUGAGUGAGCAUUGUCCUGCACCAGACCUCUUCCUGUACUGGGUGCCCACUUAUGACCAAGCCACUUGCGCAAUUCAAUGUGAAAUCAUUUGCAAAAAAAUCUGCACAACAUAUUUAUUUCACCAAAUUUAUAUAAUACCUAAAAGUGGUUUACAUAGAUGAGUCAACCCUCCUGUGGAACUAUGUUUUUGAAGCAUAAUUUUGUAAGCAUGAAUACAUCAGGAUUUUUAUACAUACAUACAUACAUACAUACAUACAUACAUACAUGUGUUUGUGUGUUGCUUUCUUUAGGAAACCAGGAAAGUAUAUGCAUAUAAUAUUAUCAAUAUCAGAAUGCAUAUAACGAUGUGCAAAACAAGGCUGGCCGGGGACACGGAUUAAUUGUUAAACCACUGCGUGAAUUGUACCUCAGACAGCAGUUGUUGGGGAAAGGGGCAUAGUGGGAUUCCCAGCCAUUCUCCUCUGUUGGGAAUGUACAGCUAUGAGUGCCAUGGGCCUGUCCUGUGAGCCCUAAACUAGCUUGCUGUCCUCAGGUACACUGGAAGAGACAUUUCUGUUGCUAUUGUUAAAGUAAGAUUUAACUGCUAGUCCAGUCAGUUUCUAUAUGUGGAAUGAAGGGGUACCAUCUUGCCCUUGGCCUUGGGCAGAAAAAUGUAUUGGGCCUGGCCUGGGAAGCGGGUAAUUUUAUUUGGGACCGUGGGCUGUGGGGAACGCUAAGCACUCCAUAUCCCCUCUCUGCCAUCCCCAGCUGCAAUUUAGAUGGGAAAAGGAGAUAUAAAGGCAAUGCUAUUUGGAAAGGGAAGUGUUAAACUGGUGAGGUUGAUUCCAAGAGAGGACAGACAGGACAUAGAAAAGCACAAUCUGAAAAAUAGAGCGAUCCAAUUGACCAGAAUAGAAACCGCACAGCUUUUCUAUUGAUUUAAAAAGAACUCUGAUGUUCCUAAGCUCUGAAAAGAAAUAGGGGAAAACAUGAAAGGGGGAUAUUUUGUUCAUGACACUGUGCAGGUGCCCCAUAAAAAAUGAGUGAACGAAGUGUGUCCAUUCCGCAGUAAAUGCCCAAUGUGGAGGCAGCCAAAGCUAGAGAGGAACAUUAGGCAAAUAAAUGAGAAUUGACCGCCUUUAUCUAGGGACCUGGGCAGCAGUACUCUCUUCUACAUUUUUUACAUAGUUAACCAACGUUUAUUUUAAGAUAAACAAAGUUGAAGCACCAUGACUGCAUGUGACCCUUUAGCUUUCUUUGACCUUCUGUGACUGAAGAAAGAUUUUUGUUGUUGCCUAAACUUCUUUUUUCAGGGAAAGAUAUACUAAGGGGUAGAAGGAUCUAUCAAUUUCAUUUCUCUCAGUUUUUCAUUUUUAAGAAAACUUUAAUUCAGUUCUACAUGUUUCUGGUGCAAUUUGUGAUUUAUUUAUUUUUAAAAUCAGCAUCAGUAUGGACUUUUCACUAAUGUACAUAUUUUUGCAAGCAAUUUUCCCUGAUACAAUGCAUUUUUGUUAUCUUCACUAAUGUCUUCAUUUUUAAAUGCACACUUUCCCCUCAUAUAUACAUUUUUUGUAAACAUUAUUUGGUUGGACAACUGCAUCGCAAAAUUCAGAAAAGUGCAAAUACCCAAGGAUAGCUGUGUUUCAGUUCUCAGAUUCACCUUUAAAUGAGAACUGAAUCUAAUUUCUCCUCCACUCCCAGACCACAAGGUUACAUUUUUUUAGCAGAGGAGAAAUGAAAUGUCAUACACAAAUAGGAAAUUUAUGAAACAUUUGGAUACAUUUUUUCUUCAUUUUGAAUGUCUUCAAUUUUAAACUUUUGUUUAUGAAAUUAGACUUACCUCUUGCGCCUUGAAAGCAUUAGCCAUAGGGCAAUAACAGUAGACUAGUAAAUGUGAAUAUUCAACACUUUGACAACUUCCCCCCAGAAUGAUCCUUUUCCCGCUCUACUUUGUUAAUGGGAAAGCAGCUUCACAAGUGAUUCUUAGAGCUGCUUUUCAUGCCCAUAAUAAACACGAUUCCAAAUUGGAAAAUGGAAUCUGGACAUUCUAAAAUACUCAGGAAAGAUGAAUCUGGGAAUAAAACAUAUCAGCAAAGAGGUGAGAUCAGUCACACCGUGAUCAGUCUGAUAGAGAUUAGUCACAUAACAAGUAAUUAUAGAAUCAUUUUUUUAUUGGGAAUCCUUUCUGCAAACUGAUAAAAAUCAAGUUGCCCAGAUACGACUAUAAUGAGUGAAGUGAUCUGACCUCUGGAAGCAUUUCUUUUUCUUCUGAUAUAUUUUUGAUUUGUACUGCCCCUCUAUAAAAUGCUACUAUAUGCCAUCUCUCUUCCCUAAGCACUGGUUUGCAUCACUAUUCACUUUUAUCCCUGCAGUUGCUUGAAGAACUGAAAGAAAUCAGGUUCACUGACAAUGAAAGGGAAGUCUAUUUCGACUCUCACGGAGACAUCAACACAGGCUAUGAUGUGCUGGUUUGGAAGGAAAUUGAUGGGCGGAUGGUGAUUUCCAACAUAGCAGAGUACGACCUUGAGAAAGAUGACUUCAUCUUUGCAGAUGAGGAAGAUGAAAUGGAGUUCCUGAAUCUAAAGGUAUUUAGAGGCACACAGAUAAAACCAAAGGUGUUUUAAGCCCUUCUGGAUUUAUCCUCUUGUUUUCAAUUUUUUUGGUUGAAAGAAUGGAAAGCAGCAACUAGGGAAACAAAACAGAAGAGGAUGUCAUUACAACUGACUUAUUGAACAGAAUGGUAUUAAUGUGAUGGUUACACCAACAGCAUUUUAUCCAAUGUCAGUUGUGAUGAGCUUGUAAUUCUAAAUAGGCAGGAAUUGGUGCAAGCUGCAAGUGGAUGCUGUGUGAUUCGCAAAAUACAGUGUGCAUGCUAAAUGUACACCCAAGACCCACAAUUUGCAUAUGUCAUGCAUGCUUAAACUUGGAUCAAGACUUAGUCAUGAUUUGAGUAGACCCACUGAAAUCAAUGGGACUUAAGCUCAACAUGACUAAUGAAAGUUCCAAGCUUUCCAAAAGUUUGUUUAUGCAGAGUGCCCGCCCCCAUUUCACCGCAACACGGGAGAGUGCACUGACAACCUUUCAGUGUAUGGCCAGUGACUCCCCUCCAACUCAGCCCCUUUAAUGGGGGAGCCAACUGUGUGCUGUCAGGUAGGCUCCACCCCUUUUAACUACGUGAAGAGCUCCACCUCCCCCCACCACAGAUAGAUUCAUUAGAACUGAGAUUUGGCUGGAACCUCAAAGGGCUGUGACAUGGGGAGGUGGACCAGGAACUUCUGCCGUUGUCUCAGGGAUUGGGGUGCUGUGCGCGGCCACACAAAGGGUGCCCUCCGGUUGAUGGGAGAGGGUCAUUGUUGAUUAUUUUAGAAUGCAAGAUCUCCAGGUUUCGUUUGCCUCUUUUGUUUUGCAGAACAUUCAGUCCAAAUGCUCCAGCAAAUGCAGCCCAGGACAGGUGAAGAAAGUUUCCGCAAGCCCACAUACCUGCUGCUACGAGUGUAUAAGCUGCCCCGAAAACUAUUACACUAAUAAAUCAGGUGUGGAAUCUGAAUGAAUUUAGGCUUUAUCAGAACAGAAUGUUUGCUUAAGAAUAAUAAUUUUAAUGUAUUUUUCUGUGAAUAAAAUAUAUUGUUGAUUGUUUCAGGAGCCAUAGAAAUUGUGGGGUGGCAGGUGGGGGGCAGACAAAAGCACCCUGUAUUCACAUGCACAAUCCAACUAAAGUACAUUUUCUGAAAAAGCACUGAAGUGAAGUGCCCUCUAUUUCUAGCCAUUGUGACUCAGUUAAGUGGCAUGGGCAACAGUCCUCUGCUGGAACACCUGAAUCCCAGUUCCAGUUGAAAAGGCCUGGCUUCGGUGUGACUACAUUAACUUAAAUCAGGGGUACUUGAUUUACCUGAGGGCACAUUUGGAAAUCUAAUAAACUGUUGUGGGCACCACAGAGCACCCAUUUCACAGGGUAACAACUGGUGAUCCUCAGACACCACCUCAAAAUCAUAUGCACCCCUCAAAAACCAAAUAAAAAACAGGCAAAACCCCCUCCAAAAAAUAGGUACCCCCAACACCACAAAGACCAAAAACCCCUCAGUUAAAACAACAUUGGGAAAUGGGCUUUAGAAGGUGCCAAGAGAUGCAUCUGAGGGUGCUGUGGUACCCAUGGGGAGCCCCAUGUUAAAUACUGAAUGUAAUGGAUCUAACAUGAUUGUAUUAUUUUUUCUAUAUGCAUGUAUAUAUUUUUACAUUGCUCACAAAGAUAGGCUAUUGAUCAGUCUAUAAAUGCAGUUGUUGUUUGCUAAUAAUAUGAUUUGGCUCUCAAAACAAAAUGAGUUCAUUAUAAUGGACCACAAUUGUGCAUUAAAUUGCCCUAAUCUCUUCAAUAUGAUGCACAGCACUGCUAGGGGCUAGUUGUCAAGAAGUCUCUUGUUUCUCUCUGCACAGAUAUGGAUUACUGCAUUUUAUGCAACAACAGGACACACUGGGCCCCUGUGAACAGUUCGAGGUGCUAUAGGAAGAUGGUUCAGUACCUCAACUGGAAUGACUGGUUUGCUAUUUUGUUACUGGUACUCUCUGUCCUUGGAAUUGUGUUGAUUUGCAGCAUUAUCAUAAUAUUUACUAGAAACGUGGACACUCCUGUUGUAAAGGCAUCGGGCGGCUUGACUGUCUGCUAUGUCAUCCUCCUCUGUCAUUUCCUUGCUUUUGUGAGCACAGGCUUCUUCAUCGGCAAGCCCAUGGCGUACAAAUGUAAAACCCGGCAAGCUCUCUUUGGCAUCAGCUUUGCGCUCUGCAUUUCGUGCAUUUUAAUUAAGUCUCUGAAAAUCCUGCUGGCCUUCAGCUUUGAUCCCAAGUUACAAAAAUGGCUGAAGGGCCUCUACAAGCCGAUUCCCAUCGUGUCCUUUUGCACGGGGAUUCAGGUCAUGAUUUGUGCUGUCUGGAUCAGCAUUCGAAGCCCUUUUGUGGAUGAGAACUUCUCCAUCCGGAGAGUUAUUAUCCUGGAAUGUAACGAGGGUUCGGCUGUAGCCCUGGGGAUCAUGCUGGGUUAUAUAGCUCUUUUGGCAUUCAUAUGCUUCAUAUGCGCCUUCAAAGGUAGGAAGCUACCUGAGAACUACAACGAAGCCAAAUUCAUAACGUUUGGCAUGCUAAUCUACUUCAUUGCGUGGAUUACAUUUAUCCCCGUCUACACAACUACUUUUGGCAAGUACUUGCCAGCGGUGGAAAUCAUUGUCAUUUUAAUAUCCAACUAUGGGAUCCUGUGCUGUACAUUCCUCCCCAAGUGCUACAUCAUACAGUAUAAGCAAGAGACAAAUACCAAGUCGGCCUUCCUAAAAAUGCUUUACAAUUAUUCGUCCAAAAGUGCAGGGAGUCUAAGCGUAAACCAAAGUUCUCUGGACUCAAAAAGUGAGACGCCUCCAAUUCCCAGUGCAAAUGCUUGUUGCAAAACUAAGGGUCAGAAAAAUUGGGUGAAUGGCAGCUGCCAUUUCCAGGCAUCUGGGUACAGGGAGAUCAGGAGGGAAUUGCAACCCACAAAUGCAGCAGGGCCCACCAUCCCAAGAAGAAGACUCUCUAGCAUAUGAAGCAGUUGUGGUAGGAAAUGUAGUUUUCGGACAAGCAAACCUUCUUUGAUCUCCCCAUAAGUCAGCCUUCCACAACCUGUGGUCUUUCAAAUGUUAUUGGACUACAGAUCACAUCAUCCCCAACCAUUGGCUAUGCUAGCUGGGGCUGAUGGAAGUUGGAGUCCACUUCCAAAAAUAAAUUAAAUGGUUACACAUGUAGGUUUAUUUUGCAUGGCAACUACACACAAAAAUGUCCAAAGAAAGCGUUCAAAUGAUGAAGGUUUAUGGCAUGUCCUUCGACAAUAAUUGCAUUCCAUACAUGCUUUCAUCCCAAUGGAGAGGCUGAAUGACAAAAGUUAAGGGGAAGAUGUAUUUUAUUAUACAAAUAAAAGCCAAAUGACAAUUAUGCUUUGAAGACACCUAGCGCCCAAAGGUAAAAGACCUCAUUAUAAAGUUUAUGGUGCAAACAACCAUGGAUCAAGUACUUCCUUGUCAUUUGAAUUGGUUGCACCAUUAGCCCUUAGUGUUGCUGGCUGAUUAGCUUCCAGUACAAGAUUUCCCACAACUGCACAGAUAACUUUUGUAUGUUAAUCCUGAUUUUACUUUUAUGUGUGUAAAUCGGAAGUUGAACUCUUUGUCAAAAUAAUCAGGUCUAUAAUUAAUCUCACAGUAAUUCCAUUUAUAAGUAAUUAUAUGAGAAAACACAUUUAAAAUGCUUAGCAGGUUGUCUCUGUCACAUUUGCUUUUUCGUAGUGGAUUUGGGUUCACAUGGCUGGAAUCACAUAUCAUUAGACCACUAUUUUCUUCAUCAGUAACCCUAUAUAUGGAACCAUAGGGUGAAACAGCAACCUCCUUGGAGCAAAUGAGAACUUCCAUUGAACUUUUUAGGGGGCAGUUCCACACCCAUUAUUCUUGCUGCAAAGCCACACAUUAUGUGCACGUAUAUGCACCUAUUUAGGAGCAAUGUGAUUCACAGAAAUUAAAUUUGUAUUUAGAAGACAAUCCUGUACCUACUUACCUGGGAUUAGGCCACAGCAACCUCAGUGGGGCUUACUUCUGUGUAGGCUUGGAUAGGAUUGCACAGUACCUAUGUGUCUGAUCUCUGAGCCUUUGGGGAAAAUGUGUGAAGAUGCACACACACACACACACACACACACAACCACUUGUAAAUAUUUGUUUGUAAAUGCUAUUACCAAUACCUCAGAAGUCCUCAGUGUUAAGCAUUUUGCUGUUGAAAGCUGGCUGUGUUUGUGGCUUUACAUCCAUCUGAAAGUGACAAAACUAUAACAUUUUAAUAAAAUAUCGACUUUUUUCAGCAGCUGGCUACUUACAGCAUUGUUGAAUGGAUGUAUGUGUACUGGGAUCUUCUCAUUAUAAAGGAAUACAAAUAUACUGCUAUUAAAAAUAAACUUUUAAAUUUAUGUUCUUCCUGGACAUUUCUUGUGAGCAAUCAGUUAUUUAUUGAUUGA